GAAAUCAUGUUGUGUGGAUGAGAAAGUAGAAUUGCUUUGGUUCUGGUUGGUGGUAUCCAAGCUCCUCGAGGAACCAUGUUUUCAAAGUGUUCUUCUCUCUCAUCCGCAUCCAAAUUUAUCACUGUAACAAACCCUCUCCAGUUCUCAAAUCCUGCAACAAAAUUCAUCUCUAGAAGAAGCUCCAUAACAAGACCCUUGCAUCUAACACUCGCCAAAGACUCAGAUUCAGCCUCCACUUCCACUUCUUCUCCUCCUUCCUCGUUUGCCAAUGACCCGCCUGUUUUCGUGACUGGUGAGGAUGUUCCAUUGGAGGGUGUCAUCCAGUUCGAGAAACCCAACUCUUCUCCUCAGUUUGAAAAAUGGGGGCGUGUGGCUCUGCUAGCUGGUGCAGACGUCUUAGCUUUGUUUUUGUUUGCUACAAUUGGAAGAUAUAGUCAUGGACUUUCUGUUUUGGACCUUGAGACUCUUCGCACUGCUGACCCGUUCAUAGCAGGGUGGUUUUUGGGUGCUUACUUCCUUGGAGGUUUCGGAGAAGAUGGGCGUGGGAUGAAUGGUCUCUCCAAGGGUGUCAUUGCUACUGCUAAGUCAUGGGCGGUUGGGAUCCCUAUAGGAAUAGCUAUAAGGGCAGCAGGAUCAGGUCAUGUACCAAAUUAUAGUUUUGUAUUUGUGACUCUGGGAAGCACUGCUGUUUUACUUAUUACAUUCAGAGCAUUGCUGUAUACUGUUCUUCCUGUUGACAACAGCAAAAAGAGUGAUGACUACCGCCGAGGUAGUCCCUUUGAACUCUUUGAGCUGCUCACAUCAUUAGUUCGGCGGUGGUAGCAAUGUUGUUCAAGGCAGCAUAUGUGUACGCAUCAGAACAUUAGUUUCCAUCAGUAAUCUCCAUGUUAAAGGACAUUAUUAACUAUUAAGGAAUUUGAAUAAUCUCUGGUCUGGUCCAUUUGCACUAUAUGCUGUCACGUUCUGAGAUCUCCCAGGUUUUCUUAAUAAGUUACCAUUCAUGUUCAAUGAUGAUAAAGUAGAGGUUGUUGUAACUAAAUUCAUGUAAGAGAUUGUCACUAUCUUCAACAAUAUCAUGUAAUUUUAUCUAUAUAAAUUACUUUAACACCAAUUUAAACCUAGAA